CAAAACGCACCAACCAGCUCGCAAACUGUAGUAUCACGUAACCAGGUCCAUUUAGCUGCUCUGUCAUACAGAGAGCCAGUUUCUUCAGACUCCGGACACCGUGGUAUGAACCAGUGAUGAGUCGAGACGCGUGAUCCCAUGUUGGAGAGAUCACAAGAAAUGUUUGGGAUGCAGAGAAGAGGGGAAUUUGACAUUCUCUCUGUGUCACUCAUAGCGGCGUUGAUGUGCUGUGCGCAGAGCGCCAACGAACCGGGGAAUAUGUCUUUCGUAAAGGAGACGGUGGACAAACUGUUGAAGGGGUAUGAUAUCCGCCUUCGACCAGACUUUGGAGGCAAACCGGUUUCUGUUGGCAUGAGUUUAGAUGUGGCAAACAUCGACAUGGUGUCAGAGGUCAACAUGGACUACACGUUGACCAUGUACUUCCAGCAGUACUGGAGGGACAAGAGGCUGGCGUACGCUGGGAUCCCCCUCAACCUGACGCUGGACAACCGGGUCGCCGACCAGCUCUGGGUCCCCGACACCUACUUCCUCAAUGAUAAGAAGUCCUUUGUGCAUGGGGUCACCGUGAAGAACCGUAUGAUCCGACUCCAUCCGGACGGCACCGUGCUCUACGGACUGAGGAUAACAACGACGGCCGCCUGUAUGAUGGACCUGAGGAGAUACCCACUGGACGAACAGAACUGUACUCUGGAGAUAGAGAGCUAUGGCUACACCACAGAUGACAUCGAGUUCUACUGGAAAGGGGGGAAGAAUGCUGUGACAGGAGUGACUCGCAUCGAGCUGCCUCAGUUCUCCAUCGUGGACUACAAACUGGUUUCCAGGAAUGUGGUCUUUUCCACAGGUGCCUACCCACGUCUGUCUCUGAGCUUCAAGCUAAAGAGGAACAUCGGCUACUUCAUCCUGCAGACGUACAUGCCCUCCAUCCUGAUCACCAUCCUGUCCUGGGUCUCCUUCUGGAUCAACUACGACGCCUCCGCUGCCAGAGUGGCUUUAGGUAUCACCACGGUGUUGACCUUGACCACCAUCAACACCCAUCUGAGAGAGACGCUCCCUAAGAUCCCCUAUGUCAAGGCCAUAGACAUGUACCUGAUGGGCUGCUUCGUGUUCGUCUUCCUGGCUCUGCUGGAGUACGCCUUCGUCAACUACGUCUUCUUCGGACGGGGUCAUCGGAUGCAGAAGAAGUUGGCAGAGAAGGUCAACAAGGACAGGGCGACCAAGUUCGACGGCAACAGGGUAACGUUUACCCCCUCAGAAAUGGUUGACUCUCAGGGCAACAUCCUCCUGACAACCCUGGAGAUCCACAACGAAGUUUGCGCCGGCAAUGAGAUCACAACCAGCAUCACCGAGACAACCACACGGAACUCCACCUCCAUGAUAUUCAACCAAUCAGGCCUCCAGUACCGAAAACCGAGUGCUCUGAGUGGCCGGGAGAGAAACGCCCAUGCUCACGUGAAGAAGACACGGCUACGCAGGCGGUCCUCUCAAUUCCUAAUCAAAAUCCCCAACCUGACGGACGUGAACUCCAUCGAUAGAUGGUCACGGGUUGUCUUCCCCUUCACCUUUACCCUCUUCAACUUCAUCUACUGGCUUUACUACGUCAACUAGUGGUCUUCAAGCCUCUCCUCAGGGACCCCACAGCCGUUCAUCUACUGGCUUUACUACGUCAACUAGUGGUUCUCAAUCCUCUCCUCAGGGACCCCCAGCCGUUAAAUUUUAGAACCACUGACCUAAGUAACAGAAGGGAUUUUCACUCCUUAAACUUCUCUUGUUUCUAUAAAGAGUAAAGAAACCCAUCUGUAUUCGGAGGACAUAUGACUACGCAGUCCAUACUGAGUGCAGAGAGACACUAGAACAACACUGAGUUGUGGGGUCUCUUGAACUGUACGUUCAGACGAGCAGAGACAGACUCUUUGUGGAAAUACUAUCCUUCUGAACACUCCUCUGUACAAAGAGGGGGACACAGUAAAUGGUAUGGGGUUUUCAGAAGCGUUAUUUACUUUGAUUUAUGACAAUUAUUGUGACUCAUUGAGCUAAAACUCAUUAUAAACUGAAUGGGAAAUGAAUUCAGUGUGCUAUUUAUCAUAGUAGCCCGUUAUAAACUGAAUGGGAAAUGAAUUCAGUGUGCUAUUUAUCAUAGUAGCCCAUUAUAAACUGAAUGGGAAAUGAAUUCAGUGUGCUAUUUAUCAUAGUAGCCCAUUAUAAACUGAAUGGGAAAUGAAUUCGGUGUGCUAUUUAUCAUAG